CUCACGUUAACUCGCUCCGUUGGCAAUGAAUCGCAGACAACCAACUCCAUGAAAUGGUAGAUCAACACAACUCAUCAUGAAGACCCAGCUGAGGCCAAUAGGCCCCAUUCUAGGGCUCUCUGGCACUGGUUCACGCAACGGGAUACAAAGCGGGUUCGUUUGGUUGCAGCAGAUUUCGAAAUGGCCACAAACGAACAGGAGGACAUUUAAUUCGGUCGCCUACCCAACAUUGCCGUUUAAAGCGGCUUUGCCCGUUUGGUCAUCAUCUCGCCUUCAAUCGGGGGGGUUUAAUAGGCAACUUGCCAGUCGGCGGGUGGAGAGGUCGGCUUUCUCGACGAGCGUUGUCCGGAGGGCGGAAGCAGGGGAAACCAGAGGACCUGGCACGGCAGAGAACGGCGCAGGGGUGACGGCGCCCGCUGGGGGUAAAGUUGGUGAGAGCAGCAAUGUCAUUUAGGUUGGGAGGAUGAGAGCUGAUGAUAUGGUUGCUUGACGUAACAGUAUAUCCCGAGCGGCUGAUCAUCUAUCACGCCGGCACAGCAAGAACCACCUUCAUCGCCUGCCUCAAAGUAACAACCCUCUUCGUCUUCGGUUUCUUCGACAUGAUCAUGACGCCCGCCUACAUCACGGCAGGCCAACCCCUUCUCAACACCGCAGGCGUCGCCCUCUGCGGCCUCAUCCCGGCAGCCUACGUGGCCUGGAGCACGACCCCCUUCGUAGCGGCCGUGCACCUGCACCUGCCGCCCUACGCGCGGUGGUCGCGCGCCAUCCUGGAGCGGUUCGCGCGCACGGCGCCGCCCAACACGCGGCUGGACGUGACGACCAUGAGCCUGAUCGGCAAGCCGCGCGUCAGCUCCAUGGUGCUGUCGGACCUGCGCCCGGCGCCCCCGGCCAGCGCCCGCGCCCGCCUCGGCACCGUCAACUUCGUCCGCGACACCGCGCUGGCGGACGCCCAGCGCAAGUGGUGGCGUUUUCGGGCCGUGGCCAACUUCAACGUGCAGGAGGGUGUGGAGGACACGGUGAAGACCGGGUGGGUGUGGAGGGAUGUUAGGGAGGGGAUCGUGAAGAGGGCGGCGGCGGGCGGUGACCAGGGCAAUGUGGGAGGGGGGAAGAAGUAGCGAGGACGUCUCCAACCUGUUUGUUUCUAUAUCGAUGGAAGUGGUUAAGGAGAUCGAAUUUGUAUGUUCACUGUAUUUGUAACAUGACUAAAAGCUGCCCGGC